UACCACUACACCCUCACAAGGCAGCGCCAUGGCCGAGCCCGACGCGCCCUCGUCGCCGCCCGAGCUCAGCAGCGAGGAGCGUGCGCUGGCGUACAACCGCGCCGUCAACCUGCACCGCUUCACGGCCGACCUCGAGCUGCUGAGCGCGCUGGCGUCGCCGGCGUACCUCGUGCACCUCGCGCACACGGGCUGCCUGCACGACGCCGCCUUUCUGCGCUACCUGGCACGCCUCGAGGCGACGUGGCGCCAGCCGCAGUAUGCGCGCUUCCUGCGCUAUCCCAACGCCCUCUUCUUCCUUGCAGCGCUGCGGCGCCCCGAGUUCAGGAACGCGGUCGGCAGCGAGGAGUGGGCGCGCGAGGCGGCGCUCAUGGUCAACAAGACGUGGGAGGGCGCACGUGCACCACGGCCGGCUGCGGCGGGCGAGAACGGCGCCGCGCCCGAGACGAGCAGCAUCGCUGGCGGUGACGAGGAGAUGCUCCACGUCGGCUCGUAGCCGCGUGCUCGUUCUGCUUUCGGGCGUCAUCUCACAGCACGUUUCCACGAGCGCCUGCGCUCGGUGCUUUGGACGCACCGAGGCACAUCACGCCGCUCAGCGCGCUCCUGCGCUCGGCCAGCUUCACGAACGCCGCUCUUGCAUGGCCAGCAGGCUUGCGUGCCAGGCCGCAAGGUCUAGCACAAGGCAUCUCCACCGCCCGCACGCCGCUCAGACCUCUGGCAAACACGCCGAGCGCGCGUCUUACCUCUCGAGGCGGGUCGGUCGCAUCAAUGCAGGAUCUCGCAGUCACACUGUCACACAACAAGGCAGAGGAGAAUGAGUGACGAGAGAAUGGACAUUCAGUGGUGGUAUGCAUGGGAAUCG